AUGGCCCCAGCAUGGAGAAUCGCACAGCCCUAUUGUGUUGCGCUUGCGCCUCAGAUUAAUUCUCCUGAGCCGCUGUGGUAUGUCGAAUGUAAGGUGAUGAGUGGAGAGGAUAAGCUCUUCUACUCACAGACGUACUUCGAGACAAACUACACGGACUUGUCACGAUGGACGAAGACGCUGCCCAACGCUUCCAGGACUUGCUUCGUUACCUUUGGCCUAAAUCUGAGCUAUUUCGCUUGUGCUCCAGGACAUGGCUCAAUAUGGGCAGGCAUACCAUCAGAACUUGAAGACAAAGUACGGAAAUCGUUCGAUACCCCAAGCUGUGUCUCGUUAGGUGCACACAACGCGUGGUUCGUCUUGUGGCCUGAUGGCAACUGUUCGUGGAAAUUCAAUGGUCACUACCACGCCUUGGAUAAGAUCUUGACCGAGGCAGCACCUCGAUCAGUUUCGUAUGUCGCCAUCUCACCGUACAACAAGCACCACUACUUCGUGGCGUUUCGAGACCAAUCGCUCAAAUACGAUUUCACAGGGGCUCCGACCGAGUGGAUGAAGCUUAUGAAGGAGGUUUUUGAUGCUUGGGCUGCCGAGCGCUUGCAAAAGCCGCAACAGCAGUUCAUCCCACCGAACGCAUUGCCAUACCCACACAGACAGCUGCAUCAGCCUCCACAACCUCAACAGCAGGCUGCGUAUUACUACAACAACUUUGUUGCCGAGCUUCCACCAGCUCCAGCUCAUGCCCCUCUUAUGUCUCCGCCCUUGACACCAAAUACACCAUCGACCGGGUAUCCAAGUCCAGUAUUGUCAAAUGCCGCACCGAACAAUCCUUACGGCUACCGGCCAUCACUGCAAGGAGCUGUCGAGAUGCCAGUCGAACUUCCAGGGAACACAACGCUGGUCGCACCAGCACCUGCGCCCACUCGAUCGACAUCGACGGAGGUAUGUAACCAUCGUCAUUGA